GCAAAGUUUCGUGACCGCUUGCAUCAUUGUUUCGCAAAACCUUACCAUCAAGUUGAUACCUACGGAGUAUUAUUGCACAACUCUGUUGAUAGUUAGAGCUACCCCGCCCCGUCUGCUCCAAUGGGAGAGGAGGGGCUUUUUCGUCAUCACCCAGGGCUGCUGCACAUAGCGUAGUUGGCCCAUCGUACUAAACCUCAGUUUCGACGCCCAGCCAUCGUCACAUCCCCAUCCUCCAUCAAGCCAAUACUCACCGACAGAGCCACCAUUUCAGCAACACACCGCCGACGAAGCACCACCCGCCCAUCCCGAUUUCACUCCUCACCACCCACAAUGGCCGUGCCGCCCAAGUUUGCAGCCCACAAGCUGACCUUCGCCCCCCCCAAGCCCCUCACGGACGGCGUCCCCUCGCAACCCCACACCAUCGAGCUCUAUCUCGACUACGUCUGCCCCUUCUCGGCGAAGCAGUUCAAGACCUUCUACCACGAGGUCAUCCCCGCCAUCCGCGCGAACCCGGCCUGGGCGUCCAACGUUCAGGUCAUCUUCCGCCAGCAGGUCCAGUCGUGGCACCCCUCGAGCACACUCGUCCACGAGUCGGCCAUCGCUGUCAUCAAGGUCGCGCCGCACAAGUUCUGGGAGUACAGCGACGCGCUCUUCAAGGUGCAGGAGGACUACUUCGACGCCAACGUCGUCAACGAGCUGCGCAACGACACCUACCGCAGGCUGGCCAAGCUCGCGGCGUCUGUGGGCAUUGACGGGGACAAGGUGCUGCAGCUGCUCCUCGUGUCGGAUAAGCCUCGCAGCGACAGCGCACUGAGCGUCGGCGCACUAAACGCCGGCAACGGCGUGACGGCCGACUUCAAGGUGCUCAUCAAGCUCGCGCGGUUGACGGGCGUGCACGUCAGCCCAACGGUGCUGUUUGACGGAUACCCGAGCAACGAGAUCAGCUCCGGGUGGACGCCGGACCAGUGGAAGGAGUGGCUACAGAAGAACAUUGUUUGACUCAGAGGAGAUACUCGGCAAGCCGCAGUUCAGGGACAUCGGCUCUAAGAGAGAUGCGUGGUUGGUUAGUUGGAGCGUUCAACCCUGCGUGUAGAAUAGCCGACUAUGAUGUAAGUGGCCUUGAGUUAACAUUGCACCCAGACCAGUCCGUAAUUCAAGAAGUUCAAACAAGUCGUUUCGAGUGCUUCAUGGCGACAACUUCUCGUCGAAGUGUUGGUUCAGGGAUGAAAGACGGUUGAAACAGUUUAUCAAAAAAUGUUUUAGCGAGGGGAUGGCAGCUCAGUAGGCAAUUUAGGUGUGCCGCGUCGCGUAGACGAAAAAAAGAUAGGC